AUGUGUUUUAGCACCCACCGCGUCGUCGAAGCCGGCCAAGUCGGGUGGAGGCAAGCAGAAGAAGAAGUGGAGCAAGGGCAAACAAAAGGAGAAGGUGAACAACGCGGUGAUCUUCGACCAGGCCACCUACGACAAGCUGCUCACCGAGGUGCCCAAGUACAAGCAGAUCACGCCCUCCGUCCUCUCCGAGCGACUCAGGGAUAUGUGUGUGAUGCAUCAUGGCUCCUGGUCAAGUACUUUACUGUGAUGCUCUGUUUUGGGGUCAGUCUGUACAAGUGUAAGAACACACCCAUGCGCUAG